GGAGCCAUAUGGCGCAGCCCUCCCAGAACGUGUACGCUUUAGCUGUCCAUCACGUAAUGGGCAGAAUGGCCAGACGUCAACAGACAGGCAACCUGGCCGCCGAUGUACCUGGGGGAGCAGAAGGUGUCCGAGCAGCAGUGCUAGGAGAGAUAUACGAAGUGGCAAGGGUACUGCACCGACCACCCUCGGAGCUGGCAGCACCACCUCGACGGGCUGGGUGGUUGCCUGAAGGCUCACCUCCUGAAAAGCAGGAGGCAUAUAGAGGUGGUUGACCCCGAUAAAUGAUGGAUGGGUGAUAGGGAGAAAGGGGACAGGGACGAGGUUGCAGGGUCGGCGUGUGUAUGGUGACGGUGACAACUGCUGGGGGUCAACGUGUGACACGGUAUUUGCCUGAGUGGUUGACAAAACAAGGGAUGGGGGUGUCUGCUGUAGGCUGGAAAAUAAGGGGGGCUAAAUAACAGUGCAUAUUAUUG